UUUAUUCCAUGGUGAUUUUCACAAAAAGAAAAGCAAAAUAUCGUUUAGAUUAAAGGCAUUUUAUUUCAGACACAAACGUUCAUACACACAUAGAAAGCCAUAUGCCUGUAACCCCCUUUGCUCUUGCUGAUAGAGGAAUUUUCCCUGGACCUGGUCAAGCGAAUAGCCAAAUUGUGUAUAGAUACAGCCUUGCGUGUGUCCUGCUUGCAACGCAUCCUGUCAAGCCACAGGUCGAGCUGUGGUCAGCAAAGUCUCACUCUACAGACCAACCUAGCCUAGGAUUCACUUUGUAUUCCCAGACUGGCAUCAAACUUGUGGCAGUCCAACUGUUUUAGCCUCCUCAGUUCUAGGAUUACAGUACGUAUGCAGAUUUUACAGUGAAACCUAAAGUGAAGACAUUUGGAGUCCAGUUUUGUUCUAGGAUACCAUCAAAGGUGCAGUGACGAGGGCAGACUGUGUAUUAUACCACAGCCCCAGGAAGGCAGGGCAACUAUAAAAGUACCCAACAGGGUGAAGGUUCUGUAGGGCAAGCAGCUGGAGUGACAAUCAAGACAGCUGAAUCACAGGGCCAGACCAUCACCAUCCAUGUGAGAGAAGUAGGGAGUGGCCUUCUCCUCCUCAUCACAGCCAAGGGAGGAGCCCUUUCUGAACAGCCUGCCUCUGAAAGCUCCGUGACCAAGCUUGGGGGAGGAGCUGCAUUUCACCAGACUGCAGCUGACAAGAAGCUUCACGGUUAAUACCAGAGGUGCACAUAAUGUGGGCAGUCUCUGUGUGAUACCAUUUGAGCCUUAGAAACACAGGACAGCUCAUAAAGUUUCCAUCAGGGUGAAGGUUCUGCAGGAUAAGCAACUGUAGUGACAAUCAGACAGCUAGAUCACUGGGCCUGACCACCACUGUCCCCCCUGAGGGAAGUAUCUUCCAGAGCUAUCUGAUUGAAACACCAUGUUCAAGCAUCCUGUGGAAUUACUUGUUGAAGAGAACAAGCCACAUAUGCUAUAAAUAUUUUGUAGUCCUAAAUCAAAAGAAACUACAGUAAGGCUAUUAUUUUUGAUAGCAACUGUUUACAGUGACAGGGAUAGCUAACCACUUCAACCUCUACUGAUAACUACUUGAUACAGUAAUCUAAAUCAUAAUGGAUACUGAAUAUGUCCUGUGUAAUUGGAAAGACCAGGCAUGGCCAGCAAAAGUUUUGAACAAAUAUGAAACAUCCUCAAACAGUAAGAGGAAGAAAACAUUUUCCAUAGAAGUUCAAAUACUUUCACUAGGUGAGAAAAUUACUUUGGAUAGCACAGAAACAAAGAUCCUAAAUAUGUCUGAAAUUGAAUCCAUUGCUGCCUCCCUAGGAGUACAGUCAGAGGUUAGUUCACCUAGAGAGGAAACAGCCUAUGAAAGAUCAAUAAACAUGGCACUGGAUCUCCUGAAAGAGAGAGCAAAUUUGAAUCAAGAAAGUAUGGCAGAUGAAGAAGAGACUACUACACUGUCUGAAAAUGCACCACAAGAUCUUUCUGAUUCGCCUCCUCGUAAAAAGUAUCGGGAAGAUGAAACAGAUCUGAAGUAUAUGGAGGAAUAUGAUGACCCAACUCCCCUAUUAGUAAUUUCAGAGAGUGACAAUGAUUCUCUCCCUGAUGAAAAGUCACAGGUGCACACAACCACUGAUACUAUUCCAAGUGAAAUGGAUACAGAGUCACCACAAAACUUGAGCUCUUGCCAGACUUUCCCUUCACUUUCAGAUGAUGUUGAUGAAGAUGAUAAAAAGGAUAAGAAAAAUAUUAAAAAAUAUAUCCCAAUCAAAGAUGACAGUGAGUAUGUUAAAGAAGAAAAAUUUGUUCCAUCACUUUUACCAGAAGACCUCACUGUGCCCCAAGCUCCGAAAGCAGAGUCAAAAGACUCCUGCCCAGAUGCCUUACCUGCUCCUUCUCAGUGUUCUCACUUAGAGAAUACUAUGGAUGAUCCUGGAGAGGGUCCAUCAAAUCUGAAUCCAUGCUUACAUAUUAUCCAGAAUCAAUCUUCUGUAGAAUCAGAUAUGGGUGCUGAGAUAACCCUUUCCAGUUGUUCAGGGGAAAGUCAGGUUCAUGCCUCUAAUCUUCCCCAGAGAGAUAUAGUAAUUGAGAGACUGAAUUUUCAGGAUCUUGAGGAAGAAGCUCGAGCUUCUGGCAAGUUGUUAUGUCAAAAUCCUACUUGUGCAGCUGCAAUUGAUAAUGAUGAUGAAGAAGAAGAACACCUUCCACGCUUCAUUCUUAGUUAUGAGUCACGUGCAUUUGAAAUAGGAAUGAUAGUGUGGUUUAAAUAUCAAAAAUACCCAUAUUGGCCAGCAGUGAUAAAAAAUAUCAGGCGAAAAGAGAGGAAAGCAAGUGUGGUUUUAGUUGAGGCAGACAUGAAUUCUAACAAGAAAGGAGUUAGAGUAUCUUUCAGAAGAUUAAAAAAAUAUGAUUGUCAAGAGAAACAAGCACUAGUGGAGAAAGCCAGAGAGAAGUACCGUGAAAGUAUUGACUGGUGCAUCUCGCUGAUUUGUGACUACAGGGUUAGAUUAGGUUGUGGUUCUUUUUCAGGUUCAUUCUUUGACUUUUAUGCUGCUGACAUUAGUUAUCCAGUCAGGAAAAUAAUCAGACAAGAUACAUUCAGAAAUAUAUUUCCAAAGCUACAUAAUGAAGAUGCACCAGAACAAAUGAGUGUGACAUCCCAGGCCAAGAAAAUGUCCUUCCAGAAAAUUCUCCCUGACCGCAUGAAAAGUGCUCGAGACCGAGCCAACAAGAAUCUACUAGACUUUAUUGUUAAUGCAAAAGGAACAGAGGACCAUCUUCUGGCCAUUUUAAGAGGCACAAAAAAAUCAAAGUGGCUUAAAUUAUUUUUGAAUACCAAGAGUUUCUCACGCUGUAUUGAAACAUACUUUGAAGAUGAAGAUCAAUUGGAUGAGGUGGUGAAAUAUCUACAAGAAAUUUACAAGCAAAUAGAUCAAAAAAUGCUGGCUUGGAUAAAAGAUGACAAAAUUAAAUUUAUACUGGAAGUUCUUCUACCAGAAGCAAUUAUUUGUGCAAUUUCUACUGUUGACGGGUUAGAUUAUGAGGCAGCUGAAGCAAAAUAUCUAAAGGGACCAUCUCUAGGUUAUAGAGAGAGAGAACUAUAUGAUUCAAAAAUCAUAUUUGAGAAGAGAAGGAGGUCAUUAUGAAUAAACAAAGCUCACUAAUUAUCCUGAAUUGAAACUUCCAUAUAUACUAGUUGAAAAAUUUCUCUAAUAGUUACAACAUGUUAAUAUUUUCUGAAAAUGGAAGUUUGGGCAAUGUGAUCAUUUUUUAAAUAUCUGUAUGAUCUGCAUAUACUGCUGCAUUUUAUUUUCUUGUUCU